CCGAUCCUGUUAUCGCGAGAGGCCGGUCCGCGAUCUCGUGGCCGCCCCUCCCCUCCCCCGGCCUCUUGGACUCCGGCUGCGGCGUCAGCCUCUCGCGGGCCUCGGCAGAGGUGGCGGCUCGGUCGCCUCGGCCCCAGCGCCCUUCGGCUACCCUCGGCCCAGGCCCGCAGCGCCGCCCGCCCUCGGCCGCCCCGACGCCGGCCUAGGCCGCGGCCGCAGCCCCGGGCUCGCGUAGGCGCCGAUCGCUCCCGGCCCGCCCCCUAUGGGCCCCGGCUAGAGGUGCCGCCGCCGCCGCCGGCCCGCGGAGUCCCGAUGCUGGCCCGGAGGAAGCCGGUGCUGCCGGCGCUCACCAUCAACCCUACCAUCGCCGAGGGCCCGUCCCCUACCAGCGAGGGCGCCUCCGAGGCAAACCUGGUGGACCUGCAGAAGAAGCUGGAGGAGCUGGAACUUGACGAGCAGCAGAAGAAGCGUCUGGAAGCCUUUCUCACCCAGAAAGCCAAGGUCGGCGAACUCAAAGACGAUGACUUCGAAAGGAUCUCAGAGCUGGGCGCGGGCAACGGCGGGGUGGUCACCAAAGUCCAGCACAGACCCUCAGGCCUCAUCAUGGCCAGGAAGCUGAUCCACCUUGAGAUCAAGCCGGCCAUCCGGAACCAGAUCAUCCGCGAGCUGCAGGUCCUGCAUGAGUGCAACUCGCCAUACAUCGUGGGCUUCUACGGGGCCUUCUACAGCGACGGGGAGAUCAGCAUCUGCAUGGAGCACAUGGAUGGCGGCUCCCUGGACCAGGUGCUGAAGGAGGCCAAGAGGAUCCCCGAGGAGAUCCUGGGGAAAGUCAGCAUUGCGGUUCUCCGCGGCUUGGCGUAUCUCCGAGAGAAGCACCAGAUCAUGCACCGAGAUGUGAAGCCCUCCAACAUCCUUGUGAACUCCAGAGGGGAGAUCAAGCUGUGUGACUUCGGGGUGAGCGGCCAGCUCAUCGACUCCAUGGCCAACUCCUUCGUGGGCACACGCUCCUACAUGGCUCCGGAGCGGUUGCAGGGCACACAUUACUCGGUGCAGUCGGACAUCUGGAGCAUGGGCCUGUCCCUGGUGGAGCUGGCCAUCGGAAGGUACCCCAUCCCCCCGCCCGACGCCAAGGAGCUGGAGGCCAUCUUUGGCAGGCCAGUGGUCGACGGGGAAGAAGGAGAGCCUCACAGCAUCUCGCCUCGGCCGAGACCCCCUGGGCGCCCCAUCAGCGGUCACGGGAUGGACAGCCGGCCCGCCAUGGCCAUCUUCGAACUGCUGGACUAUAUUGUGAAUGAGCCGCCUCCUAAGCUGCCCAACGGUGUGUUCACCCCCGACUUCCAGGAGUUUGUCAAUAAAUGCCUCAUCAAGAACCCAGCAGAGCGGGCAGACCUGAAGAUGCUCACGAACCACACCUUCAUCAAGCGGUCCGAGGUGGAAGAAGUGGAUUUUGCCGGGUGGUUGUGUAAAACCCUGCGACUGAACCAGCCCGGCACACCCACGCGCACCGCCGUGUGACAGCGGCUGGACUCCCCGCGUCCCGCUGGUGACCUGCCCACCGUCCCUGUCCACGCCCCGCCCUUCCAGCUGAGGACAGGCUGGCGCCUCCACCCACCCUCCUGCCUCACCCCUGUGGAGAGCACUGUGGCGGGGCAACUGCGCACACAGGAACGGGGGUCUCCUCUCCUGCCCGUCCCGGCCGAGGUGCCUCCGGGGACGGGCGACGCUGCUGUGUGUGGUCUCAGAGCCUCUGCUUCCUUAGGUUACAAAACAAAACAGAGAAAAAGCAAAGCGCA